AUGGCUCCCCUCAAGAUCCUCAUUGCCGGAGGCGGCAUCGCAGGCCUCUCCGCUGCCGUAGGUCUGCGCCGGGCUGGCCACGAGGUCCACGUCUACGAGCGGUCCGCCCUCAACAACGAGAUCGGCGCCGCGAUCCACGUGUGUCCCAACGCCGCCCGGGCUCUGCUUGCGUGGGGCCUCGACCCCGUCAAGGCCAAGUUCGUCCUCGUCAAGUGCAGCUUCCGCGCCAAGGGGGAUACGCUCGAGAAGUUCCACGUCGGUACGGAAGACUACAUUGAGGAGAGGUAUGGCGCGCCGUGGUACUUUGCGCAUCGAGUUGAUUUGCAUGAGGAGUUGAAGAGGUUGGCGACAGAGCCCAGUGAGAGGCAUGCUAACGGCCAUGGUGAAUCAAACGGCACGGCGGCAAACGGUGUCAAUGGACACGCAAGGUCAAGUAAUGGAUUAGGGCAGCCUGUUGCUGUGCAUUUGCGGAGCGAGGUCGUGGCAUAUGAUUCUACAGCAGCCUCAAUAACACUCGCGUCUGGCGAGGUCGUGACUGGUGAUGUAGUGGUCGCUGCCGACGGUGUUCACACCAUUGGUGUCAAGUCCAUUCUCGGUCAAUCCAACCCGGCGGUACCUCAGGGGCACUACAACUUCUGCUUCCGGUUUCUCAUCCCGGCUGCCGCGGUCGAGGCAGAUCCAGUGACGAGGUUCUGGAAUGAGGGUGACGAUGGCCGGAUCAAGUUCUUGGUCGGCGACAUGAAGCGGCUUGUUUCGUAUCCUUGCAGGAACAAUGAAAUCCACAACUUUGUCGCCAUUUUCCAUAACGACGACCUCGAGUCGACCAAGAAGGAAGACUGGCAUGCCUCCGUCAGCAAGGAUAAGCUACUUGAGAGGUACUCCGACUUCCACCCAAGCGUGCUUGCCAUUCUCGACAAGGCAACCGAGGUGAAGCAAUGGGCGCUGCUCUACAGAGCCCCAAUUCCUGCCUGGACGAAAGGAAAGAUGGCGUUGGCAGGUGAUGCCGCGCACCCCAUGCUACCUCACCAGGGCCAAGGCGGCGCCCAAGGCAUCGAAGACGGCGUGGCACUCGGCAUCGCGCUUGCCGGCGCAGAAAUUAAAGAUGUCGAAAGCCGCCUGCGUGUAUAUGAAGAUAUCCGGAGGAACCGGGCCAGUGUGAUGCAGAUCUUCAGCAACGCCGGCCAAGAGGAGCCGGAGCUCAUACAGGAAGAGGCGGCCAAGUAUAUCCCCGUGGACAAGGUCCCAAAAAACCCAGAAGACUUCUUUGCGUACAACUUUGGCUACGACAUCAUCCGCGAUAGCGUUCAGCAUGUGCAGAAGCUGGACCCGGCUUUCAGCCUGCCGCCGUCGUUUUUCCGGAAGGAGCCGGUCAGAGGCGUAUACCCGUGA